GUUUCUCGGAGCUCUGCUUUACAUGGUUGUCGGAUAAAAAAGAGCAAAGGAAAGUAAAGUUUUGUGCUUCAUGAAACUCCGAGAAUGAAUGGAACAGCUUACUCCAACUUUGACAAUCAAGAACAUGUCCUGAAAUUAGGAGAGACAUUUGAGAAACACCCUAAAAGUGCCUACCACACAGUACGAUAUGAUUUCAAACCAGCAUCCAUUGAUACAGCAUGUGAAGGGGAGCUUGAAGUGGGCAAAGGAGAGCAAGUUACUAUUACUUUACCCAAUUUAGAGGGUUCAAGUGCUCCUGUAACCGUCUUCAAGGGAUCCAAGAGGCCUUACAUGAAAGAGUGCAUCCUCAUUGUGAACCAUGAUACAGGAGAGUACAGACUGGAAAAACUCAACAGCAACAUAGCUGUGAAGAAAACCAGGGCUGAGGGCAGCAGUAAGAUUCAGUCUCGCCUGGAACAACAGACCAGUCGUCUGAGCCAGCAGAUGAGGAGUAGUAGCGGCAGCACCAGUAGCAAGACCUCCACCAGCUCCAAGAGUUCUCCUCCUAAAGAGAAGACUUCUCCAGCAUCCCCCAUGGACGACAUUGAGAGAGAACUGAUGGCAGAGGCUCGGGUCAUGGAUCAGAUGAGCAGCAGCGACGGCUCCUCGGACUCUAACAGCUCGUCAUCCUCCAGCAGCGAUGACAGCUCGAGCAGUGAUUCAGAAGAUGAACGGACUUCUGCGACGCCGUUAACACCAGCCUACCCGAGCAUGCCUAUCAUAAACACCAGCACCACCAGCAGCAGCAGCAGCAGCAACAGCCGCCACCAGGAGAGUGGAGGACUCAUGAACACACUGAAGAGUGACCUCCAGCUGAGUGAGUCGGGCAGUGAAAGUGAUGACUGAACACCAUGAGGACGUCAGGAGGAUUUCCAGUGAAGAGUGAAGGAUCCUUAAAAGUGGCACUGCCUUCUCUACAUAUCCACAUUUCUGCUCGUAAAUAUAACGUGUUGCUUCUCUGCCCACAAAACGUCAAAUUUUAUGUCACAUUUAUUGCUUUUUGUGCGCGAGAGACGCCGUAGUUCAGACAGAUGUGAUGUUGUUGGUGUCGGGGAAGCGGUAAAAUAUGACAAACUAUCUGUAAUGUGUCUCACUGGAUGCUUCUGUGUGGUUAAACUGACCAAACAAAUGUGAGCGGCAGAAUCCCAGUGGUGUUCAUGUAGUGAAGACGGAUGUUUCUGCCCAUCAAUCGGUCGUCUUAAACCACCACCUUCUGCAUUUCAACGUAGCAACUUUAGUUGUGCCUUAGAUCAGAUAUUAGCUAACUGCUUGAAAGUCUUAAAAGUCUCAGCUGCAUUAGUUUCGCAUUAAAGGCAUAAAACUGUCAUAACAGAAAUGAAAUGUUUUUAGGAUGAGCCAAACUGAUAUGACAGAAUCUUUUGCUUUUGUGUUUUUAGAAAAAAAUAAUUAUUGUAAACUUAGUCACUGAGCCUUUUGCCUCCGAUUACUAAAACUCUUUCUUUCGUUUGAUGUUGCAUUAAUGACAUUAUUUUAUUUUUGGCCACUCUGGGGGCAACAAAACAAGCUGAAAAUGUUACAUUGAUAUAUUAUUACCAUAGAAAUUACAGAAAUCGUUACAAACUGUUGUUUAUUGACACAUCCAGAAAUCACAUAGCAAAAUUCAAAAUAUUUCUAAUGUGUUUCUUGCAACAUGAAACCUAUAAGUUCAGAAUUCCCUCUCCUUUUUGCUCUGUUUUGGCUCUUCACCAGCCCCUGAGAAACACAGCUUUCUCUCUCUUUACCUUCUACAUGCUGCUCCAUGUUUUCCAGAUCGUUGCUAACUUUGCCUGUCUGCUACAGCUGCCUGCUGUGACUAGAAACUGGGUUAAUGAGAGCAGUUUGUGGGCGAGAAAACCAAAACAGCAAAGUGAAAAAAUGCAAAAAUGCUCCAUGGAGCUUAAGUGAAAAGGUGGGUGAUGGUUUACCUGUAGCUGUUGUAUUGCACCGAGUCAUUUAUUCAUUGCUAUUAUAAAGAUAUUAAUUGUUGCAGCUUUACAAAGUAAGAUGUCUCCAAAACGUUGCAUAUCAUAAUUUAUAUAAAUGGGUGUGAUUUCUGGCGAAGUAGUGCACUAGUGCUCAGUUGACUCAGCUCGGGUCUUGCUUUGUAGCUUUAAACCUGCAAUACUUGAAUCUAAUUAUUUUUAUUUCUAAAUUUUCCUCGACCAACGGUGGAUUGCUUAUAUUUUUAUAUAUAUUUUAAUAACAAUAAGCAAUUGGAAGUGCAACUUAAUAUGAGCUGUGCUGCAAAACAACCCAGAUGCAUCGACACUGCACCUCAGUGUGAGUCUUAAACACUUCACGUGCCUUUCUGUUGUUUGCCUCAGCCAGCUGUACCACAGGACUUCCUGUUGUUUUGUGUCUGCUGAUCUGUCUGAAAAUACAGGAAGCUGCUGUGUUUAUGUUCCACCAUUUCCUUAGCAUCCCUACUGACUGGUACAGUGAGUUAAUGAAAUGUUAAAUAUAUGUUAAGGAGAACGGUGAACCCAGAGAAUCAUGUGUACAUUCUUUGAGAGUAAUUUCUUUUUAGUAAAAAUAAAGAUUUUAAUUGAU